GACGUUUCUUCAGUGAUCCAAUUCUUCACUCGGCUCCUUCUCAGUGGAUUAAUAAACGGUGGCCCUGUGUUUGAAAAUGGUGGCUCCUGGCUUUUGUCAACUCUUCAUUCUACUUCUUAUUACACUGUCUCACACCUCGCACAGCUCUGAAAUCUCAUUUGACGGUUUCAAACAGAGUCUGACCACCUCCACCACUACCUCCAAGGAAGACCCUGAAAUGGGACUUCCCGGUGGCAGACAACAAAGAAGACACUGGUCACGUAAAGAACGGGAUAGUGCUGGGCUGUUUUCUCACAGGCAUUUGGACAGACUGGAGGAUGAUGGGACAAGCAUGGAAACCCUGAGCCCUGUAAGGCUAGAAAUGGAACCUGGGGACAGUAUGAAGCCAGAAGUUCACGAUGAGGUCAGGGCUUCAGCUCAUAUGCGUCGAGGAAGUCAUCCAACAGAGGGAGAGUUUAAUCGUAAAGGCAGACGACAUGGUCAUAGGCUUCUGGCUGAGCACAGAAAGCAUGGAGGCAAAAAAGACAAAGGUCGAGGUAAAGGAGAUCUCAGUGACCCUGAACCAGAAUUAGACUCCUUGCUGAAGGACCUAAAUGCAUUUGAGGAUGGUCUAUAUACUUCUCCACCCAAUCACAACAGUGUCCCUCUAAAUGAAGUUCCCUCCCCUCUCUCCCCUAUUUUGGUAACCACGGCAAUCAAAGGGCAUCCCCCAACACUUCCCCCAGCCUCCACCAAACCCCAGAAGUCAAGCCAAGGCAGGACUCAAGGUGAAGUGAUGCCCACUCUGGACAUGACCCUCUUUGACUGGACUGAUUAUGAGGAUAUGAAGCCUGCAGACAGUUGGCCAUCAAACAAAAGAAAAGAUAAACGUCGCAGCAAAAACAAGAGCAAUGGAAACACAACAACUGAAGCUGGAAUUGUUGAACCAUGUGACCAUCAUCUUGACUGCCUUUCUGGUUCCUGUUGUGACCUCAGAGAAUUUGAAUGUAAACCUCACAACCGUGGCCUAAACAACAAGUGUUUUGAUGACUGCAUGUGUGAGGAGGGUCUACGCUGUUAUGCCAAGUUCCACCGUAAACGGAGAGUGACUCGAAGACGUGGCCGCUGUGUGGACCCCGAAUCAGUCAACAGCAACCAAGGAGCUUUCAUUACCGUCUGACAGGAACAAAUGCAGUUUAAAGACAGAUGAGAGCCCAUACCCUAAUACCCCAUUACCAGACAUGCAAAUACUUGCUCCGUAUGUAUUUACAUAAAAUACACAAUUACUGCUGAGAAUUUUUAUUUAAAAUUUUAAGUAAUUUAUCAUUUGGAAACCCUAAAAGACAAACUAAAUUUACAAGAUAUUAAUGAAAGGACAAGAAUCAACAGUGUCAUUAGAUAAACUUAAGAGAGAGAUAAAGAAGUCCCAGCAGGCACAGGAUGUCAACAUGACAUCAGAUUGACGUUGUACCCCAACAUCAUGGGAUGUUGCAUUUUGUUUGGAAAUGAAAAUCGGGUAGACGUCAGAAUCCAACGUCAGGCUGGCGUCAAUGUCCAACGGCAGACAGACUUUGCAUUUUGGUUACUUUCCAACAAAACCUAAAAACAACAAAAUAUCAACGUCUAAUGAUGUUACAGCUUGACGUUGUUUGGAUGUUACCAAUUUGACAUCUAUCAGACAUUGGAUUUUGGUUGCCUAACCAGAUGAUUAAAUGUCAGUAUUUGACGUCAAUAUGACAUUGGUUUAAGAUGUUGGCCCGACGUUGGAUUUUGGUCAGUUUCCAACACAACCUAAAACCAACAAAAUAUCAACGUCAUUUCACGUUGUUAUUGGACGCCAAAAUAACAUUGUCAUUAGAUGCUGGUGACCUAAAUCUAACCUGAUAUUAAUGUGUUAUGAUGUUGUGUGUCUGCUUGGGUGUUUUCCCUUCCUUGAAAACAUUUCUGAAGUUUAGCUCCUUUUUAGCUAUUAAUUAAAAUUUUAUUUAUUAAUAAUUUGGCACCAUUACCCAUAAAUAUAAGUGUGAUCUGCACAUCCCUAGACAGCACAUAGCUAUUUAUCUAGGAAGUCAACUCACAAGUUCUAGCGAUUUAUGCUUGUUUUUGUGAACAAUUAUGGCAUUCAUUGAAUAAAGUAUGAUUGUGUAUUUGGCUAGACACUUUAACUUAAAGUGCUAAUUCACCUAAAAUUAACAUUACUGUUAAUAUUUCCUCAAACCAUCCAAGAUGUUGAUGUUCUUCUUCAAUAGAACAGCAAAGAUUUUUAGCCAAACAUUUUGUCCUCUGGUAUCCAUAUAAUGUAAGUCAGUUGAUGUUGUUACUUUGAGAUACAAAAUAUGCAUGCAAAACGUACUGAUGAUGUGCAAACUUAAACAUUAUUCACAAUUUCACCCUUGGGCUUAGGGUGUACAACAAAUUGAAACGAUAUCAAAUCACAAUUAGCAAAAGCUGUGAUUGUCAUGCACAUCUUGUCAGGGAAGGUUGUUUGACUGACCACCAAAAAAAAAAAAAUCACUGACCUCUUUCAGAUUUUUUUCUGUGUAAUUAUUAGUAAAUGAUAGUAGUUUUGGUCCAUGUUAUGGUUCACUCUUUCACUGUACCUGACAAUCUUGGCAGUCUCAAUUUUCAGUCUCAACUUUCCUGUUGACUGGUAUGAGGCUCAAAUAUUGCAUCUCGCAGCUACAAAGUCUCAACAACCACACCACUCCAUCAUGUAUUGCUGCCAGUAAGGAACUUGGACUCCUGCACUGACCACAUUACAUCCAUAGAUGUUGCCAUCGAAAGCUCAUUUAAAAUCACCCUGGCAGCUCUGCUUCAUCAUUCCAUCAAUCUAGAGUAAUGUCAUACGUUUGUUGCAGAGUAACA